CCUCUGGGAAGUGGAGUCCUUCCGCCGGGACCCCCGACCUGGCGCGGUCGCCUCCAAGUGCGCAGAUGCGACUCCAGACGGAGCCUCGGGCUCGAGCCUUUUGUUUCCCCGCAGCUCAGGGAGUCCGGAAAGCGACUCCGUCCGCCCGUCCCGUCUUUCCCAGAGCGCAGCCCUGCGGGGACCCGCCCUGUGGCCGGAGCCGAGACCGCAGCGCGUCUAGGGAGCUUCAGAGUAGAGUUGAAUGAUUUACACAAAGAAGCAGAUUAUGUAUUGCUGAAAAGUUCAUAUUUAUCUCAUCUGAAACUGUAAAGAAGAAGGAAGUCAUAGCAAUAACAGGACAAAGAAAGAGAAGCUGAUCAUGGAUUAUCUGACCAUUGAAGCUGAGGAAGAAGUCCUUCCAGCCAUUACUAGUGAGGAUGCUUCUCUGCCCCAAAAACAGAACACAGAAGAAAUGGAACCUACUGUUGAGCUCCUUCCUGUUGAGUUCCAGGAAUUGGUGACAGUCAAGGAUGAGGAAAUGGAUUUCGCUCAUGUGGAAGAAGAACAGCUGAGUUCUGCCCAAAGGUACAUGGGCAUGGAUAUGAAAGUGGAGAAUUGUGGGAGCCUGGUAUUUUGGGAUUCCGAAUCUAUACCUGAAACUAAAGAAUCCUUUUCAAAGCAGGGACUUUAUGAAGAAGUGUCUCCUGAAAGAGAGCUGAUAAUGGAGAGACUUAAAAAGGAUGAGUCCUGGGACUCCAGAUUGAUAGAAGCCUGGCAAUGUGAAGGCACAUUAGAAAGGCAGCAAGGAAAUCAGAAGAAGGAUUUAAGGCAAGUCAUAAUUAAACGCAAGAAAAACCCUGUGGAGGAUUGUAGUGAAACUGGGGAGAGUUCAAACCCAAUUCGACAUCACAACAUUUACUCAGUGAAAAAGCCUUGGAAGUGCAAUGAAUGUGGGAAAUCCUUCAGUUACUACUCAGCCUUUAUCUUACAUCAGAGAAUUCAUACUGGAGAGAAGCCUUAUGUAUGUAACAAGUGUGGAAAGGCCUUCAGUCGGAGCUCAUCACUUAUUCAGCAUCAGAGGAUUCACAGUGGAGAGAAACCCUAUGAGUGUAAUGAAUGUGGGAAGGCUUUCAGUCAUCGGUCAGCCCUCAUCCAACAUCACAUCAUUCAUACUGGAGAAAAGCCCUAUGAGUGCAGUGAAUGUGGGAAGGCCUUCAACCAAAGCACGUACCUUAUUCAACAUCACAGAAUCCAUACUGGAGAGAAACCCUAUAAAUGCAAGGAAUGUGGGAAAGCUUUCAAUGACACCUCAUCCCUUAUUAAACAUCAAAGGGUUCAUACUGGAGAAAAACCCUAUGGAUGUACAGAGUGUGGGAAAGCCUUUAGUGACAGGUCCGGCCUGACCCAACAUCAGAGAACUCAUACAGGGGAAAAGCCAUAUGAAUGCAGUGAAUGUGGGAAAGCUUUCAGUUACUGUUCAGCUCUUAUACAACAUCAAGGAACUCAUACUGGGGAGAAACCUUACAAAUGUAACGAAUGUGGGAAAGCCUUCAGUGACCGCUCAGCUCUUGUAAGACAUCAGAGAAUUCAUACUGGAGAGAAACCUUACAAAUGUAAAGAAUGCAAGAAAGCCUUCAGCCAGAGCUCAUCUCUUACAAAGCAUCUGAGAACUCAUACUGGAGAGAAACCGUAUAAAUGCAAUGAUUGUGACAAAGCCUUCAGCCAGAGUUCAUCUCUUAUUCAACACCAGAAAACCCAUAUGGGAGAAAAACACUACAAGUGUAAGAAAUGUGAGAAAACGUUUAGUGUGCGUUCAGCCUUUCAUCAACACAAAGAAAUUCAUGAUGGAUAGAAUGCAGUAAAUUCAUGAAAUAAUUAUGUAGUCUCGGGGCACCCAGGUGGCUCAAUUGGUAGAGCAUGCAACUCUUGAUCUGGGGUUGUGAGUUCAAGCCCCAUGUUGGGCACAGA